CGAGCGCGCGCGCGCUCAGCUCGUUGUAGCAGACGGCACCUACACCCGAUGGCCUUAGCGGCGUCCCCUUCUUCAGGGGAGUAACAUCUUUUUCUCAAGGAACUUUGUCACUUGGACAUGGAUAACUCAACUUUAAGUCGCACCUCUGGUUCAGAAAAGAAAAUGGACCAGAAGCUGCAAUGCAAUAAUUGUGCCUUGUAUCUUCUUUUGGCAUCAGUCGUUGGCUCUAUGAGCAUUGCUGGAGUCUCCCUUUUACCACUUCAUCCAAGUGACCACAUACCCAUAGCACUAGGAGCCUGGCUUUCAGCCUUGGGAUUAGUAUUUUUUGUAUCGUUAUUUGGUCUUAUAAAUCAUGUUGGCCUUAAAACAAAGCUAGGCCACCUUUGCCGUAAAAAGUACCAGCUUACGAUAGGUGAUGUACUAGAUAUUUCUAACAAAAUUGUGUCAGCCGUCCAAGCUGUUCUAUCAUGCUUCACUGGUGUUGUUGUGUGUGCAUGGUCAUGCACUCGAAAUUUUCUGCGCUCUAAUCAUUUUAUGUCAGAAGCGUAUGCAUGGUUUGGUGCUGCCUACUUCUUUUAUGACAUUUGGUCAAUGUACAAGGUUUAUGUUUGUACGGCUGUAAAUGGAGCUAUAAAUGGUUCUGUGGUCAAAGAAAAGCAAAAAAGCCGUUUGAGGAAAAUUGCUGAUUAUCUUGUAACUCAGCCCCUCAUAAUUUUGCACCACAUAUUUAUUGGUUCAUUUGGUUUCCUUUUAAUUGUCUAUCUCCGAGGAGGUCUAGGUGAUUGUGUAUUUGGAUUUGUUUAUCUCAUGGAACUCAGUACUCCAUUUGUUUCAAUAAGGGGUAUUCUGAGUAAACUAAAGAUGAAAGCAUCUAGCCUUUAUGUUGUAAAUGGCUUAACCAUGUUAUUUACUUUCUUCCUUUGCCGGUUGGCUAUGUUUCCAUAUGUGAUGUACAUGUACAGUGAGUUUAUUAAUCAAUCCAUUUGGGAGGCUGUGCAGAGUCUACCUACAGGUUGCAAAGUCAGUAUGGCUAUUCUGACACUACCACAGUUUUAUUGGUUUUCUUUGAUGACCAAAGGGGCUGUGUCAAUAUUUGCCAAGAAAAAGGUUGCCAGCCCUAUCUCUAGCAAGAAACCUUCAUGUUCACCAUUGACUAGUGGUGCAAGUGAUGUGAGGCAAUGAAUCUUGCUUGUUUUUGAUGAUUGCAGUUGCAUCUUAGUCCAUUUCUUCUUCUAAUCAGCACAACUUCAUAGCAUGCUUUUAUUGACCGUAAAAUAUUAAAAAAAGUGAAAAAAAUUAUUUUAAGAAUAUUUUGAACUUGCAUGCUUUUAAUGUGGUGUUAAUAUUAUACUGUAUCUCCAUGCUUAUUUCUCCUCAAAAGAAUGAGGCCAGUCCUCACAUAUUCAAGUCCUGAGUAAGCCUUAAAUGUAGGACUGGUCUUUUCUUUUCUGUAUGGAAAUCUUGUCUUAAGGAAGCUGAUAGAUAGCAAAUUUUCACACACCACAGUGACAUUGUUGAAAUUAUUUUUAAUUUGUGUACUUAUAAUCAAGUGCACAACCAACAUUGUUGUGUUAUAGGAUGUUCAGGGUUUUAUCCAUUGUGUCAGAGUAAAUAUUCUAAAGCAUUAAUUUUUUUUUAAGGUGCUGAAUAGAAAUAAAGUACUUUCCAUUGAACUGUGCCUGGUCCAGGAAACCAGCUUAUCUGUUUACUAAGUAUAUUGCGAAUGUUACUUUGUAUCAACAAUCCAUAGAGGUGUCUUCUGAGUAGAGGUAUAAUGCCAAGUUUUGGGGAUUAUGUGCCUCUGCUGCCUUGUUAAAUUCUGUUCCUCUUGAACCAAAGAUCUCCCUCCAUGUAGUGGUAAGAUUUGUCAAUGGCAGCUCUACACUUCAGGCAGGAAAUUAACUAUUUCUUGAAAUUGCAGAGUGCUGAGGUUCGCAGAUUUGUAACAAAACCUAUGUCAUGUUAUUUGAUCAUUUUCUUCAAUAUUCCGAAGUAUGUCAUUCCAACUUCAGAAAUAUGGAGUAAAUGUUAGUUGUCUACUCUGAGAACUUGGCCUUUCAGACUGACUUGGACACAAAAUAUUUGACAAUUUUGAAUAGAUGCAUUUCACUAACUAUUUUUUAUGAUGGUUGUUAAUCAUGUUUAGAUGCAUUUAAUUUUUAGCUCUGUUCAUGUGUGUUUUCACUUCCUUCUUACUUUAAAUCACACAUUUGGGUCAUUCAAAUAGCCUUCGAGUUUGGCUUAAGUUCUUAAACCAUAUAAGAAGAAAAUAUUUCAAAUCUGGCCAUGGUUUCCCCUAUGUGAAUCGUUGGGUCUUCUUCGACAAAUGUUUGUACAUUUACAUUAGACUGAAUCAUCCGAGUCUUAUAACCAAACUAGAAUACUACAGUUAAUCAUUUGUGACUGCUCCUCACAUUUUUUAAAUUCAUAAGAAAUACUUGUGAAUGAUAGUAUUCUGAGAAGUAUUUUUCUAAUUGCAAUCAAUCUUUUUAUUCAUUUGUGUGAUUUAGGUCAGUUUUCUACACUAAUGUUGUGCUUGAAGUGUUUUUAAUUGGUAAUGCUAUACCUUUUGUGAACUGUAUGGUUCAGGACAUGUUGCUGCCAUACUAUGGAGACUGUCAUCAAAGUGCCUAAGAGCAUGUACCUAUCGAGUUUCCACACAACUGAUCAUUUGAUGGCCGAUUGCAAUCAUCUUUGUUUUUGUACGUUGGGUUGACGGCAGCUCUAUUCCGGUAGUGAAGAUUUCGCUUCCUAUGCAGUCGUGUUGAAAUACACAACAAGCAAUCGGACCAAACUCAGGCUGAGGACCAAAUUAAGUGUCUUCUUUUCUUUUGUUUAAAAUUACUUGCUUCCAAUUUCAGUAUUUUGACCAAAUAUAUUUAUAUGAAUCAAAUGCUUUUACAGAUGUCCUGUUCUGUCUUUCUAACACAGAUGGAUAUUAUGUUUCGGUUGUAUAUGUAGUAUUGUAGACUGUGAUCUGGCACUUUUCUCUUUUGAAAUAAUGUGCUGAUGCUAGUAUAAUUUAAGCUCUUAGGGGAAAGAACUUGCUCCACCCACAGUUUAGUUAUUCCCAUGCAUUUUUGUAUGCAGCAUGUUUGAGAUUGUCCGGACUUAAGGUUUGUUACUGUUAAACAACAAUCUACUUGUUGGUGGACCAAGUUUUGCCUAUUGUGGGUACUAGUUACCAUGGGUAUUUUUCUUACCUGAAAAUAAUACAUUAAAUCUAACAAAAUCGUGAACGCUGAAUCAACCAAUUUUUGAAGUAUUAUGUGAAGCACUAUUUUAUUUUGUGAACAAGGGUGUGAUAAUCAGUCGUGAUUAAUUUCUACUUAAAAGUGGCUUAAUUUUGUAUUGUGUCUGUCCCUUGCAGGGCACUUAGUGAAUUUUCAUGUUCAUCGUGCACUAUGAGGGCAGAAUAUACUACCAGGCAGGGUGUACCAAGACCAUGGUUUCCUGUCUUGUUCAUUGAUGCUUAAAAUAUUCAUAGGCUGUCAAAGUGAAUUGGUUGUUCGCACGAAUAAUAAAUGCUCUUUUCUUUUGUUCUGAACAAAUAUUGUUGAUAUUUUAAAUUACUUUAAAUUGGUGUUACUAAAAGACAUCCAAAGUUAGAUAACUGUUUCAUGAUCUGUUGUGUGUGGUCAAUUGUUUUGUUUUUUGUUGUUUUCCUUUUAUGGUGUAACAUAACAAGACCUGUUAUAGUAUUUUAUGUAAGGGACAAGCAAGUUGCUUGUGAACUUUGUGUACUGGACUGGUAAUCGGUUAUUUUUGUUUGCUCCCUUCCACAAAACAACAUUAACUUCUGCUUUACCUUCUUCCACAGUUUGUUAAACUAUUUGUUUUAUUUUUUUAACGCUUCCCUUACAGAAUGAAACUAAAGACUAAGUGUACUUGUAUCUGCUUUCUGGUUGUAACUUCUUUUGAAGAAAUGUAUAUUGCACACUAUGCGUAUUAAUGUAUGGCCUAGUCAGUCAUUGAGCCUUCAGUCUGUUACUUUACUUUGUGGGCUGUCUUUUUAUUAAGACUUGUAAACUAUAUAAGCCAAAGUCUGCUUUUGAAUUUUAUUUUUUUGUGAUCUAAAAUCAUGCACUUAAAAGCUGUUGACUUUAUGUGAGUCCUCAUAAUUACUUGAAAGUGAAGUCUUCCUUUUGUGACAGUAUUUUGUAUUUAAUUUUUGAUUUCUUAUAGGUCUUUAUGUCUUUUUGUGAUUUAUUAUUUAAGUUUUGGGCUCAAAUUAACUUUUGCCUCAUGCAGCUGUUUUACCUGUGGAAAGACUCCAAUCUUCCAAAAUAUGUAGCUCGCUUGAAGACAUUUGGAAAUUUAAGACUAAAUGGCUAUGGCACAUACUCAACACAAACUUAUAUUAUUACUUAGAUGAUGCAUCUCCUUACAUUAUUGCGGUGACUACAAGACUACAAUUACUUUUUACUAGAGCUGGCCUUAAAGAUUUCAAUCUAGUCGCUAAAACUGUACCGGUGAAUGAGUUAAAACUAGAAAAAAGGAAAAUGUUGUGUUAUGAGUAAGGUAUUGUGGACAUGUGUCACUAAAAUUGCACUCAUGAAAUGUUUGAGUUAAAUGCAGCAAUAACACAGUUUCUAAUAUAGUCAUGUUGUAUUCUUGAAAUCACAAUAAUAAAAUUACCUAAAACUAA